GGAUCGGGACGAGUUCUAGCGCCGGUUCUCCCUCCUCUCAAAACCCCCAUAGAUAAGUAUAUAUGCACACGAGCUCUCGUUCACAGCAAGCAAUCUUGUAGUUGAAACACACAGAUAGAUUUUCAUCGAUCGAUCCACGACCAUGGACAAGCACACCAUCCGCAUCCUUGCGCUAGCCCUGCUGUCUCUGCAUCUCCUGUGCUGCGCCACCAUCGCGCAAUGCCGAACCAUCGCCGACCUGCACCACGAGAAGAUCAACUUUCCCAACGGGCUGUGCGCCGAGAACAAGCUGUGCAUCACUGAAUACUGCUAUUGCUGCCUGAUAUAUGACCGCUGCUACCUAACCAUGGACGCAUGCAAGAAACGCUGUGACAAUCCAUCCUUGUCUGCUUCGGAAGACUUGCAAGCGGCGGAGACGGCGACCGCGACCCCUGCUCCUUUACCCACUGCCUAGUCAAAUUAAUUGGCUCAUGUUUUUUUUUUCAGUCACGAGGCAUAUAUGAUAUGAUGCUUCUUCUGUGCCGAAAACAAGUUUGCAAUAAUUAAGAGCUUUCAAAAAGAAUA